UGUCUUUGGCCGGCAGUAGAGAAAGCAAGAAAGGAAGCAAAAAUGCAAACUUCAGCGGAGCAAGAGCUUUCGUGGAUGGUAAAGAAACUCACCUUGAAGUCAACGGAAACGGUAGUAUAGUGAGUAACGUUAACUAGUAUCUGCAGUCGACGGUAAAGAUAAAUAUUCGCUGUAAAGAUGUGAAGGUCUAGAUAUGUACUAGACUAUGCUGGGUAUUGUAAUAAGAAGCACUUUAAGUUUUAUUUAAAUGUUUGGACCUGUUAGAGUUUAUAAUUAGUGAUUGUUUGUGGGGAUUCCCAAUUUUGUAAUUUAAACAACUCUUGUUGUUACAUUUCAGUAGUUAUUUGUUCUUUUUAUGUCUCUUUCUGUAUUUUCUAUUAAUAGCUGUCGGUGUCCCGGUGGUACAUCUCAACCUUUUCCCCUUUAACUGCUAAUUUUCUAUGCCAAAACAUAAAAGAUCCCUGACAAUCUAUAUAUCAUUGGAAAGCUUUAAGUCUCUAGUUUUAAAAUGCUUUUUCCGUUUUGUGAUAGGAUAAACGUAGUAAAAGUGUUAAUUAAAAUGUCACCUGUACCACCGGUAUAAUGUUGCAAAACGUUUUUUAAACGGAAACGGUGGUGCGGUUGAACACUGUGUUGUGAUGACGCAAGAGUUGAACUAUGGCAGCUGAGAAGGCCAUUCUUUGUGUUACUUUUAAAGAUAUUUCGGAGCCUGGUGAAAUCGGUAUAAAUACGUGUUGAAUACUGCAAAAAUACAUUUAUUUUAAUAUCUCCGAUUGUUGCGUAUACCGUGCUGCAGCAGACACAUUUAAACAACUUUACCUAGACCCAUUGUGCGAGCUGUCUCUUUAAUACCGCGUGGGUUAUAUACGUGUUGCUGCUGAUUGGGCUGACAUUCUUGACACACCCACAAACGAGGGAAAACUUAUCCCGUUGCAAACCGUUUCCAGGAAACACGUCGUUCAACCCAGAAACCGCAGCAAAACGUUGCGCACCGGUUUGAGCUUGAACAUGCCCCAGGGCGAGCCAAACGUUCUAAAAAUGACGUCACAACGGGUCUGAUGUUAUCUGAGCGUUUAUAGACGCUGCAAACGCUUGUUUUGCUCAUUCUGCUACUCGUUUGCUUUCUGUUGACUUACUGCAGUUGAUUAUUUGCGAAGAUGGGUCAGAAAUUCCGCAAAUCCGUUCAACCCGAAAGCGUGGACGAUCGGAGCGGUGUCAAUCAACGUGCAUCUGCACCAUCGACCGCAAAUCGACCUCCGAGCUGCGAAAGCGACCAAGAGGAUGGUUUGUCACGGACAAGGCAAAGAUCAAAAACAUGGUCUGCCGUGUUGUGGAUCCUCCAGUUCAGAACAAUGUUUACCAUCUUCUUUUUUAUUAGUGUCAUCUGGAACUGGUUGCAUCUUUAUAUGCUCGAGCUUGCUGAGCACCAGAAUGACCUUGUGCAGAUGGAAAGCUUGCAAGCGAAAUGUACUGGGGUGAAACUGCUAGACUGGCUGGAAAGUUUGUCAGAGUGGUAUAGACGUACAUGGACACUGCAAGAGGAUCCAUGCAAAAAGUAUCAUGAGGUCAUGAUGGUCGACCCUAUUUUACGUGUACCUCCAAUUAAGGCAAUCGAAUUCACCAUAAUCAGCACGAUCACUGAUCCACUCAAGCAAAUUGGACAGGGCUUCAGUGAAUUCAUCAGAGCUUUGCUGGACGGGAUCCCAGUCACUCUUCAGAUUCCUGUGCUGCUUAUAAUUUCAGCACAAGUCGUCUGGGUGUGUUCAUGUGCUGUUGACCCUAUACUACAUGCAAUCUUGCUUUGGCUUGGUGGACGUCUUUACCUGCCGCCACCAGCUGUAGAGCCACGUCUUUACCUGCCGCCACCAGCUGUAGAGCCACGUCUUUACCUGCCGCCACCAGCUGUAGAGCCACGUCUUUACCUGCCGCCACCAGCUGUAGAGCCACGUCUUUACCUGCCGCCACCAGCUGUAGAGCCACGUCUUUACCUGCCGCCACCAGCUGUAGAGCCACGUCUUUACCUGCCGCCACCAGCUGUAGAGCCACGUCUUUACCUGCCGCCACCAGCUGUAGAGCCACGUCUUUACCUGCCGCCACCAGCUGUAGAGCCACGUCUUUACCUGCCGCCACCAGCUGUAGAGUCACGUCAUGACGUCAGGCCUCAGCGCUGGUUGAUGAGAUUACAUAUGCGCUCAAAGGACUCAAUUUGCAGACCGUUGCCUGACUGUUACAUGUUUCUGGUCAAGUUGCCAUAUUGGAAAGUUGAAAAUAACUCGAUUUCGUCAGUAGCAUGUGCAAGAACUAGCUGAUUCCAGGUACAGGUAUAUGAAGAAAAAGGUUUUAUUGACAUGAGAAUGACAUGUUAACUUCAUCUGGUCAGUAUGAUGUACUAUUGUCUUAUUCUCAGUUCAGAAGAGUACACACUACCUCCUCUUGUUCGAUGGCUUUGAUAUUGUGAUGUGUGUCAUCUCUGCGGUUCUUUGCACACGGUCCAUUAUACUCGCUGUCAGACUGCUUCAGGUAAACCUGCUUGAAGGAGAAACAAUCCAUUAAAGGUCUCCUCAGCUGAGCACUUUCAACAAGUUGGUAUGAUUUAUUAGGGUCUUCAUGAAAUGUCUGGAACAUAUUUUGCUUAAAACACUCAGCGGCUGUGUAAACAAAACCCUUCUUGCCUCGUCAAAAACAGCUCUGCUCACAGCAACCCGUUUUGGUGCAUGUCUCUUUAACUGAUAAUGCGUUACAGCGAACCCCACCCCCUUCUGUCCGGCGUGUCAACACAACACACGUGUAGUACUGCCAUGGCAACGGUUUAGCUAAAUGAUAUUUCCUGAAUUCCUCUGCAGUUAGUUUCGGCUUAAACGUCUCAAACCAUUCGUCCGGAGACAAAAAAAUCAGUCACAGCAAACAGCGCAGCCUAAUGCUAAAAUCCACGGAAUCCACUGCAGAUCUCAACGGAAUUACAUGGAUAUGGAUUCAGACACAACGUGAGAGCUAGUUUGCUGUGGCAGAUUUUUCAGCCUAAGCACGAAUGAUUUGAGACGUUUAAAACGAAACUAACCCCAGUGUUCACCCCUGUUCAUUAGCAAAACAAACCGCUUGCCACAGCUGAACAUAUUAACGCACAUAAUGUAUUAACAUUCAUACAGCUAAACUCCAAGUGUCCAUCUGCACUUAUAUACAGUAAGUUUAACACUGGCUUUGAAUGUUCUAUUUAGACCGUGACUGACUUAGCUCCCUUUGCUAUCAUAUGCUAACGUUAUCCUCAUAUAUAUACGGUACAUUUACGUCAGUUCAGACUGUUGAUAAAUAUUACUUGCAUCUGUAGUUUUGUCUCGUUCAGUCGGUCUCGAUCCCUCUUGAGGAACAACUUUGAAGCUAAUCCUGCUUGUACUGUCCCAGGUUGAAAAAGCACUCCGGUUUGAAGUGAUUCGCGCAAACAAGCAGGUUUUUACUUAAGGUUUCUGAUGGAUUUCCCACUACCGCUGUCGCUUGUGAAAACAACAAUGGUGGAGCGCGGUGGGUGGAACUGUGUAGAUUAAGGGGCGGUAACAUUAUCAUAAAAUCCGCUUUGGACGUCACAAUUGGAGCGAAAUCUGAACGGCUCGAUUUCUCACAUGCUUGCAGGGAAAGGCACACCAAAACAAACUUACUGGGUUCUUAUUUUUCACGUCUUCUGGGUUGCUAGAUGCACCGGGCACCCGAUUAUAGCACUUAAAGGGCUCAUAUGGCGGAAAUACGCGUUUUUCUGUGUCUUUGGUGUGUUACAAGUUGCCCAUGAAUGUAUUAGACACGUAAAAUUGCUAAAAUUAAAGUGUCGGAACAAAAGAUGCAUUCUAUCUAAAAGCGAAUGCGAACCCAGACCUGCCUGAAACGCCUCGUGUAACCACACCCCGACGAAUGUAUGUCACUUCGUAACAUGAUUUGACUUAAGACCACCCAAAUCUAAACGCAAGUGAGGUGGGCGUACUUGUAAAUCUCAUUGUAUCGUCACCGCCGCAGCCAUGUCGCGGAGACGCUGUGUCUUUCGUUGCGAAAAGAAAGACACUUUGUUUGCCAUGCCAAAAGAUGAGACAGCUAAAAACAAAUGGUUACAUUUUAUUUACAACACUGUUCCAGAAAAGUACAAUCGGAAUGUUCAAGUUUGUGCAGCGCAUUUCACCGAAGAUUGCUAUACGAACCUGGGAGAGAGAUUAAGACCGGCUGUGCACGAAAGCUUUUGUUAAAAAGUGGGGCCGUUCCAACCAUUACAACUUCGCUGGCGCUUCAGAUUCGCAGCCUGUAAGUAUAUUUUUAUUGUAAAAGACUUUGUUACGGACUAACGCGAGUUGAGUUUGUCGUGUGUUUGUGAUCUGCAAAUGCAGACACGCACGCAACGUGAAAAAAGACAACAUAAGUCCUAAUAAUCAGUAAUUAUGUUCCCACUAGAGGCAACAAAUGUCGUGUUUAUGUCUUUUUAUAUUUAGUAUUUAUUUUGGGUUUAUUGUCUUUGUUGAGUCGCGACGAGACGUGGCGUAACACUGGUUGAUCAAGAAGGGCCGAAGCGCUGGCGUUAUUUAUACCAUUCCCUGCUGUAAUGUGAGCUUGUUUCUAUCUCACACAACUCUGUAUGAUGUAUAUGCUUGUUUGUUUAUAGUCUUUAUAACGUCGUAUAUAAGAGGUAAAACAGUUAGCUAUAGUUUUUAACUAUUUAACAUCAUUUUUUUAAUAAAACCUUACCAAUCCUUUACAUCCUGCUCAAGUCGCGCUGGCAAAGUUGAUGUAUCGGCUUGAUCAUCUUCAUUUUCCGUAUCAGAUUCGGGCUCGAAUUGAUAUAAGGAAGUACCGAUGACAUUUUAUCACCUGUCAGUACAAUUGCUUUAGAACAUGAUGUUCUGAAUAUGGUAAGAGGCGUUACAUUUCCGUGAAACGCUUGCAGUAUUCCACCAAUCACUACGCACUGGUUAACUGGCCAAUCAUAGCACACCUCGCUUUUCAGAGAGAUGAGCUUUGUAAAAAAUCAGCGUGUUUCAGAGAGGCGGGGCACAGAGGAGAUACAAACAUGCACGGUAUGUGGAAAAUACAGCGUUUAUGAACCUUUAAUCCUGUAUACACACUGCAUUUCAUCUAAAACAAAUGAUAAUAUUAGUUUUAGCCCUGUCAUAUGACCCCUUUAAACACAGAAAAAGUGGGGUUUUCAUCUGAUGACUCCUUUAAAUCUACGUUAGUGUGUUAUACUCAAUAUGAACUGUUCUGAUAAAGUUUGUUACAUUUCUGCAGUGUUUUUCUAGAUUCUGUCUUGACAGUUAUAAUCGUGAGGCGUGUGAAGAUGACCGAAGGGAAUUCCUGAAUGGCUGGUACUUCUUGGUUAUCAUCAGUGAUGUUCUGACCAUCAUUGGGCCGAUACUGAAAAUGAAAAUGCAGGCUAAGAGUUCGACUAAUUAUGACGUAUGCAGUAGCUUUCUGGGCACAUCUACUUUAUUGGUCUGGGUGGGCAUCAUCAGAUAUCUUGGAUACUUCCAGAAGUACAAUGUAAGUUAUGCAAAGUUAUGAAAUGAGCAGGAGUGUUUGCCAGCUUCUGUUUUAUGAUGUGAUUAAGUGCAUGUGUUUUUACAUUGAGUCAUUUAGCGUACGCUUUUAUCCAAAGUGACUUACAGAGAGUUCAGGGAGCAAUAAGCCAUAUGUCAUACAGGAGCAAUAAUACAAUAGGUGCUAAUACAAAAGGUUAGUUUUUUUAUUUUUUAUUUGUCUGUCAAGUAUUCACAAAAGAGACUGGUUUUAAGUAGUUUUUUGAAUGUCGUGAGAGAUGUGGUUGACCGGACCGAGUUAGGAAGAGUGUUCCACCAGGAAGGAUUUGUGAAGGAGAAUGAGCGGGAAAGCGAUUUACUGCCCUUAUGGGAAGGCAAUACAAGACGCCGCUGGUUUGCUGAAUGCA